GUUGACCGUUUGGGAUACCAGAGCCAACAAAGCGAGUGCCAAAAGUAGCCGUUGUGCUGCAUUUUAUCGAUUUAUAUCGUUUCUAAACCCUAGCCCUAUUUCUACAUGAUAUUUGGCUUUUCAGGAAGCACUCAACCUGCUCGAUAAAAUUCCCCACAGAAACAUCAUAAAUCUUUCUACCCAUUUCAACAAACCUAUCAACUUUGAGGAGUUUCUACUUGUAGAAAUGGCUUCAAGAACUGCGAGCAAAGACAUAAUCACUCUCCGCGGAUCCACAGCCAUUGUCAGCGAAUUUUUCGGUUAUGCAGCAAACAGUAUUCUGUACAAUCGUGGUGUCUAUCCGGAAGAAACUUUUGGAAGAGUGAAGAAAUAUGGACUUCCAUUGUUGCUUUCUCAGGAUGAAGGUGUUAAGACAUUCAUCUCAAAUUUGAAUAAGCAGCUUUCCGAAUGGCUGGAAGCUGGGAAGUUACAAAGGAUUGUUCUUGUGAUAAUGAGUAAGGCCACCAAUGAAGUGCUUGAGAGGUGGAAUUUCAGUAUAGAGACUGAUGGUGAAGUUGUUGAAAAAGGAGUUUCGAGGGAGAAGAGUGAUAAAGAAAUCAUGAGAGAAAUUCAAGCUAUUAUGAGACAGAUUGCAUCCAGCAUUACAUACUUGCCCUGCCUUGAUGAACCAUGUAUCUUUGAUGUGUUAGCAUAUACUGAUACGGAUGUUGCAGUACCUUUCACUUGGACAGAGAGUGACCCUAAACUGAUAGCAAAUCCCCAAAUGGUGAAAUUGCAUUCUUUUGAUACUAAGAUACAUAAGGUUGACACAAUGGUGUCUUACAAGAAUGAUGAAUGGGAUGACCAGUUGAAUGAUGUGAAUCGUUUUGAUUCACUUACCCUAAAAUGGAGGCUUGAAUAUAGUAGGUGUCAAUCUAGUCAAAAGUCCUUGUUAUGGCAAUGAUUAGUGAUGCGACCUUGGCUCCGACCACCUGCUCUAAGAUGUGCUUCUACGCCGGAGGGAAUCUGCGAGGUCACAACAGACAAGGCCGUCAGCUGUUCUUCAGGAGGAGUUCCCGGGAAAACGCUCCGACGGUCAAGUUAGUGGGAGAUAUCUGAGAGAGAGUAAGUAGCAAGAGUCGGGAGAGAUAGCUUACCUCUCAAAGCAAGGCAGAGGUCCUUUUAUACUGAGGACCCUCGCUGGUCCAUACCAACAGGGACUGCAGCUCCGACAGGAUCUGCAGUCCUGAUUGGUUAAUCGUGUUCCUUGUUGUGUCAGGGGCAAUGAUUGGUUCAGGCGGUAAUGCUCUGAGCAUACUCCUUGUUGUCUGGAGCCGUUACGCUUGUCGUGUAGCGGGCCGGACCUUCUGUGCGGACGUCCCACCCUGAGGGAACGCCCGGGAGGAUGGAGGCCUGCUGGGGCGGCUAUGCUGGGCCUAGCCAAGCUAGCCGAGGGGUCCUCCAGCCCUGGGGAUCUCUACUCCUGGCCCACAUUAAGGGGCGCAUUAUGAAUCAACAUCAACCAAAUAAAACUCUCCAUUAGCCUUAAAAGUGACAAAUGUCGCUAGCCAUGUCAUCAUGUCCACAUCAAACGUGUCAGAACCCGGCUGCCACCUCAGCUUAUGAAUAUACAGACUCACUAACAGAUGAUGCAACUGCACCUUUUAUGAUGACAUUCAUGUCUGGUGAUGAAGAAAGAAGUUUUACUUUUUUUAUGGUGUUCGAGAUUGGGCCAUAGUAGAUUACUCCUGAAUCUUUAUCUUGUUUCUCUGAUUCGAUGCUUUUUGAGGUCUAAUGGUGAUCUUGUUGUCGUCUUCGAUUGUGGUUGAUUGAGAUGUGAAUAUUAUUUGGGUAAAUGGAAGGUGAUUCAUGGGGUUGAAGUGGGGUGUUGUGGUUUGACUUUUCUGAACUGAUGCUUCCGAGUUUGUUUCGAUGAAGAAGACGACUGCAAAACAAUAUCAACAGAAGCCAUCAAAAUACACUUUUUGUUCAUCUACAAAAGCCAUAAAGAAAACAUCAAAAGACAAAUUUUGUUCAUCUCUAAAUACCAAAAACUUUUAAGUUGGCUCAUGUACACAAUAAAUUUUUUAUGGAAUUUAAAAAAAAUAGAAG